AUGCCUAAGGGAAGUCAGUUCAUAACGCAUCCGUCUGGUGAGACAACACAUUUUCUCGCGGACGACUUCACCGACCCGUGGCUAGAGUCUCGCGAGACGAUCCUCCUCCAAGGCGGGUUCGCUCGCCACGCAGCAUUCUUCUACCAUUGGGUGCCAGCUCUCUCCCGACACUACAAUGUAAUUCGGCGAGAUCUUCGGGGCCAUGGAUACUCAAGUGCGCCUCCAAUCUCUGAAAGACCGGACGUUUACACUCUCGACGCCAUUCUAGCCGACAUCAUUGACACGCUGGACCAGCUCAAGAUCGAGAAGGUGCACUUCUUCGGCGAGAGCACGAGCGGUAUGCUGGGAGAAAUCCUUGCCGCGAAGCACCCUGAGAGGCUGAAAAGCCUGACGGUUUGCUCCUCUCCUGCAUAUCUCCCCGAAGCCACGCAGACGUUCUUGGCCUUCGGGGAAGCGAGCUUCCCAGAGGCAUGUCGGACGUUAGGUUCGCGUGGAUGGGCAGAAAGGCUGAAGGCUCAGCCGGGGACCAUGACACACCCAGACCCGGCAUUUCAUCGUUGGUGGCUGGACCAGAUCUCGGUUAGUUCUGGCGAGGGGCUCGCCAGCUAUGCGGAGUUCCUGGGCACGCUUGAUGCAAGGCCCUAUCUCUCGCAGAUCCGAGUACCCACGCUCAUCCUUGCUCCGGCGAACAGCGCUGCCACCAAGGUGGAGGAACAGAAAGCGAUUCAGCAGCAGAUCGAGGGGAGUCAGUUGGUGGUGGUUGAUGGAGCCGGUCAUGAAAUAUACGUCGACAAGGCCGAGCAGUGCAUUGACGAGGUUCUUCGCUUCAUCCGGGAUGCAUAG